AUGGCCACGGGAGCCUUUGAUCAAUCGCAACGGCAGCCCAUGCCUUCUCAGACCAACAACAGCACAAAUGCCACAGGAUGGGAUGCUUUCCACACACGUAGCUUGUUCGCAAAUGAGAAUGGCGAGCGACGCGGAUCCAAUGCGUUCAACGCACCCACCACCUCCGCCCUCUGGGGAGCAACACUCGCAACACGAUCGCCCAGUACAUCGCCGAGUAGAAUGACACAAGAUCACAUCCCCAACAAUGACCUAGGAAAUGACCAAGGCUUAUCGGGGCACUUCGCCCAAAUGGGCAUUUCGAAAGAAAGGAGCACUGCUAUGUAUGGCAAUGCAUUCCGCUACGAUUCAGAUCCUUUCAAUGGCUUCGGCCGGGCACAAGACCACCGCUCUAACUCCUCACGACAUUCUCAGUCCUCGCCCUCCUACCGUGCUACCCAUACCGCAAGCAAAUCGACACAGUCCCAGCAACAAUUCCCCAAUCACAUGAGCAACCACCAGGCUCUCAAUCAAAAAGCAUUUAAUCAUAAUAACAGCCAGAGCCUGGAUGCAACAUCCUUCAACCUUCUGGGAAACAUGUCAAGUGGAUUUGCUUUCGACCCCAAUUGUCAGCCCUGGAACAAUGAUGCUAGCGGACAACGUGUCAACGGCAACAGCUUGGAUCUGAAUUCUGAAAUGAUGAAUGCACAAGUCCCUACGAUGCACCGAGGUUCCAUCGACCGCCUCUCGAACCUCACAGAGCAAGGAUCCAACCCCAGAACGAACCCGCAAAUUUGGAGCCAGGUGUAUUCUGCUCGACCAGUGGAACAAGGGCUCCGCAUAUCGAACCAAGUCAACCAGCUGGCUGCACAGUCUAUGCCCUAUUAUGCUCACCAGCUGGCGAUGUUCUCUGAACCCAACGCCCCGUAUGCCCUCGGACUUGACCAGUACCCUCAACGCUAUCACCAGCUGACGCACAACAAUUCUGGGUAUGGAGCACCAUACGCCUAUCAUCAGAACAAUGGCCCUGGGCCCAAGAUUUACAAAAAUCAAUGGGUGAAAGAGUUCUGUGGACGGUUAACGAAGAGAUCUGGUCCUCAACCCGAGCUUUGUGAAGCCUACGGCCACAUGGUCGAUGCCAGUGGAGAACAGGAGUCGUCAAGGUGGCUUCAAACGAAGCUGGCCGUUGCAACCAAUGAAGAGAAGACUCGAAUUUUGCUAGAGAUAGCAGAUGAUGCUCGCACCGUGAUGAUCUGCUCAUUUGGCAACUACGUAAUGCAGAAUUUGAUCGAAUAUACGGGACAGGGAGAGAAAUAUCACAUUCUCCAACAAAUGAAAGGCCACGUCAAUGAUCUAGCACGGAACAAACACGGUUGCCGUGUGGUCCAGAAGGCCAUAGAGCACUUCCUGGUCGAGCAAAACCUCGAACUUGUCCAGGAGAUCCGACCACAUCUCCUUGAUUUGAUGAAGCAUGAAACUGGAAACCAUGUUGUUCAGAAAUUCGUUCAAGAGCUCCCUUCAGCACAUCUCAGCUUCUUUGUUGGGGUUGCUGAAGAACAUGCCUUGGAACUCAGCCAGGAUUCGCAUGGGUGCCGGGUUAUCCAGCGACUCCUGGAGGUGUGCCAGGAGGAGGAUAUCAGAAAGGUUUUGGAUCCGCUUUACCCAUCGAUGGAGAUGCUUGCCACAAACCAAUUCGGCAACUAUGUCGUUCAGGCUAUCAUCGAGCACCGACCCGGCAAUGACAGGGAUCGAAUUGUUGAGAUGGUCAUCAACAAACUCUUGUACUUCUCCAAGAACAAAAUUUCGUCCAAUGUGGUCGAGAAGUGCAUCGCGUUUGGCUCGGACGAACAACGAACACGAAUCCGAGAACAGCUUUGUACUGUCAGUGCGAGUGGGAAGGACACUUUGUUUGAGCUGAUCAACGAUCAGUUUGCAAACUAUGUUAUCAAAAGCCUAGUUCACAACACCAAAGGUCCCGGGCAGCAGCAGCUGGCACAAAAGAUCCAUACGCACCUUGAAGCGAUGAAGAAGAGCGCACCCCUCCCAAAGCCGUCACACAGUUUGAGUCAAGUUGUGGAGAAGAUCUUGAUCGUCGACGGCAUGGCUAUCAAUCUCAAAAUUGAAGUUGACUCGGCUGAGCCAACUCCAAUGUUGACCAAUGAAACGAAUAGCCCGCAAAGCGAUGGGCUACCAAGUGCCAACGGCAGCGCUAUUGGAGUCCCAUCUGCCGGCAUCAAGAACCCGGAGGUAGCUGUUCACGUCCAUAACGAUGAGGCGUAA